AUGAGAUUUCAUGUGGAUAAGAAAUUACUGAGUGCUUUGAUUGAUAUGUACUCAAAAUGUGGAAAUGUUACUUAUGCUGAGAAAAUCUUCCAACUGGUUACUGAUAGUGAUAGAGAUGCAAUCUUAUACAAUAUCAUGAUUGCUGGUUAUGCUCAUCAUGGUUAUGAAAAUAAAGCAAUUUAUCUUUUUCAGGAAAUGCUGAAUAAAAGUGUCAAGCCAGAUGCAGUCACUUUUAUUGCUCUUCUAUCAGCUUGUCGGCACAGUGGAUUAGUUGAACUAGGAGAGCAAUUUUUUAUUUCCAUGGAACAAGAUUACAAUGUAUUGCCGGAUAUUUACCACUAUGCAUGUAUGGUUGAUAUGUAUGGAAGGGCUAAUAAACUAGAAAAGACAGUAGAAUUCAUGAGGAAGAUUCCCAUACCAAUAGAUGCUACAAUCUGGGGUGCAUUUCUUAAUGCUUGUCAGAUGAGCAGUGAUACAGCACUUGUCAAACGGGCAGAAGAGGAGCUAUUAAAAGUUGAAGCAGAUAACGGGUCUAGAUAUGUGCAGUUGGCCAAUGCCUAUGCUGCCACAGGGAAGUGGGAUGAGAUGGGAAGAAUAAGAAAGAAAAUGAGAGGAUACGAGGCUAAGAAGCUUGCUGGUUGCAGUUGGAUAUUUGUGGAAAAUGGUAUUCAUGUAUUUACUUCUGGUGAUACAUCUCAUUCAAAAGCAGAUGAAAUAUAUUCAACUUUAAUGCGCUUGAAUGGGAAACUGUAUUUAUCUUUCGUAGAGCUGAAUCAACUUAAUGAAAUUCAGGCUGGUAUUUAG